UCCUUCGUCACUCUGUCACCCACUUCUUUUAUCUACCAUACUGUACUUCCCCGCUGUCAGUCUCCAGAGUUCGGCAUAUCUACCUACUACGCCGUAUUACCUAUUACUUCCUAUCUAUAUCUACAAACAUGACAUCCAAUUCAUCAGAAGGUCAUGAUCUCAUAUUCGCCGGUGGGGUAGGAAGACUCACUAGAGGUCGGUACGACAAACCAGAGGCUCGGAUAUUCGCAUAUAUAGCUCUCGAAAUGGGGGUUUUACCCGAGAAGAUCCUGGUUGAGCCCCUUUCUACAAACACCGGCGCGAAUAUUCCUUUCACGCACGCAUUACUCCAGGAGAGAGAACUGCAUCUUAAAUCAUUCCUGCUGGCGCAGAAGCCGUACAUGGAAAGGCGAACCUAUGCGACCUUCAAGAAGCAAUGGCCCGGACCCUGACAUUCAGAUCAUGGUCACUUCACCCCAAUUCAAACGGAACGAGUAUCCCAAUGCCGACGAUCCAGAAGAGUUAGUCAUAAAUAUUGCUGUGGGUGACUUACUUCGCAUUCGUGAUUAUCCGUCCCAAGGAUUCUAGAUUCCCCAGCAUAUCCCUGACGAAGUUUGGGAAGCAGCCCAACGCUUAAUCCGCCUAGGUUAUAACAGUCAUUUACCCU